AUGGAUCCCGACAAGGACAACGCCAACCCCACUAUCCUCAACCCCUCCGACCUGCCCUCGCGCCGCCGCGAGUCGUCGGUGAAGAAGCGCGAGGGCGCUGGCGUCGGCCUGUUCGACGACCUCAUCCCGCCGUAUAGCUACUUAAACGACCCGUUCGACGCGCCGCAGUCCUCGGACGACUCGGACGACGGGUCGGUCGAGGACAUUGACGAGCAGGAAAUCUAUGACCUGAUCUCGUCCAUUUCCGACCCCGAGCACCCACUUUCGCUGGGCUCGCUCGCCGUCGUAAACCUGCCUGACAUCCGCAUCCUACCCCCGUCGUCGCCACGCUCGCCGAUCAGCACAGUGCUCGUCGAGAUCACACCCACAAUCACGCACUGCUCGCUGGCAACUGUCAUCGGCUUGGGCGUGCGCGUGCGCCUGGAGCAAGCGCUGCCGCCGCGAUUCCGCGUCGAUGUCCGCAUCAAGAAGGGUACCCAUAGCACGGAUGAAGCUGUGAACAAGCAAUUAGGCGACAAGGAGCGGGUGGCGGCUGCGCUGGAAAAUGGGACGCUCAUGGGCGUGAUCCGCAAGAUGCUCUCGACGUGCGAGUAA